AAAAGUGAACAUCACAAACUCACUCCUCUCUCUCCUUAUCUCUCUAUCUCUUCCUCUCCAAACCCUAACCCUCUCUCUUCCUCUGCCGAUUACCUAUUCCCCAGAUACCUUUACCGCCAUCCGAACCUUCCACGACCAGCCGGCGUCGCUAUCCAGACCUCGACAUACGUUCCCAAGGAUGUCUCUAGUUUGAGAUGCGUCGCAUGUACUCCGAAGGUUAGAGGCAGAGGUGGUGGUGUACAACAAUUGCGAACACGGUUUCCACUUCAGUUGCGCCACUUUUUAUUUAUUCUUCCAAAACCCUAGUUUCGACUUCUGCUGGAAAAACUCUCAGUUCGAGCAGUUGGGAUUCCCAACUUCAAGUGGUUCAAUUGUUUGUUUGGUUAUCGAUUCUUGAGUGGCAUCAUCUUGUGCAAACCUGUUUUGAGAUAUAGAAAACAGCUAUAACCUGUUUGAUAGAGCUGGCAAAGAAGUUGAGAUGAGCAUGGAGGAGUUGGCCAAAAAGAACUCUCGCCCUCAACUAGUGAAGUUAGACAAGGCACUGAAAUUGGCUGAAAAAUGGGUUAAUAAUAUGACUAAAUCCACGGAAGACAAAUCAACAGAAGUACAAUUAGAGGCUCGACCUGCUAGGCUCGGAUUAGGUGCAACAGUUCCACGGCAAUCCAAGGUUGUUGGGCCUUUAAAUGAUCCUGUUGAAAGGAAAUUGCAUGCUAAAUUAGAUGUUGGAAAAAGAAAAGCCGCCAAAAGUAGAGAGGAAUUUAAACAUGAUAGUAAAGAAGAAGAAGAUGAUGAUGACGAGGAGAAUUUAGAGAGCAGAACAAACCUAUUUGCCAAGAAGAGAGUAGUGCCCUUGGCCUCAUCUUUACAAACAAAGAAGAAGCAGAAGAAGCAAUCUUAGAAGUCUGAUCUCUUAUUCUGUGAUUAUCCUUUUAAUUAAAAUCUUAACAGGUCUCUCAGCUCCUCCUCCAUAUUUUGAGAAUUGGGCUGUAACUUUCAAUAACUAUGCGCUCCAAAAUACCAUAGAUCUUUAUGUCAUUAAACGUUAGUUAUAGGGAAUGCACAAAAUAGCAAUGUUAUCUUUUUGCUUUAAUUAAUAGCACUGUUUGAGAGC